UGCUAGACAGUAUUGGCACGAAUGAGGGCCUGAAGCUCAAAGUCCAUAGAAGCCACCUCAUUUGUGACAAAUUUGCUAAAUGAAUUUUAAACGCUAUUAAUGAUUCAUGCACAACAUAAGUCCUGCUUAGAGGUGGCAAGUAAGAUCCAAAUACAUUUAUCCAAUCCAUCCAAUCCAUUUAAAAUGGAUUCAAAUCCAUUUAAGUUGAUCCAAAUCCAUUUGAUUUGUGGAUUGAUGGAUUGGAUUCAUGGAUUAAUGGAUUGAUCCACCAAUCCAUUAACACAUAUUAUUUUCUUCAUUUAUUUUAUAAUAUAUCCGAACAAAAACUCUGCUCUUAGACUUUCAGUACGGUCGAAUCCUACUCCAAAUAUAGUCCAAUCAAAUUCUCUCCGACGAGGCGACGACGAAGAGCAGAGCCGGCGACCUCUCCGAAGAGCCGAGCCGGCGAACUCUCCACCGCCUGCUCUCCAUGUCCAAAUCCACCCUGCCGCCGUCCCAAUCGAAUCUUCUUUCCCUCCUCUGUGAUUGAACAAAUCCAAUCUGUUCUUCUCCCCUGAGUCUGAAUCAGAUCCAACAUCGCAACUCCCAUCCUGCGAAUCGACCCUCCUCCAGCGCCGGCGAAAUCUCCGCCGCCUGGCUCUUCUAUUUGAGAACCCAUCCUGAGAAUCGAACCCUCCUCCAUCGCCGACGAAAUCUCCACUGCUUGGCUCUUCCAUUUGAGAACCCAUCCUGCGAAAUCAACCCUUCUGCAGAUAAUGAAGCUAGACUAAUCGAUGAGAUGCAACCUGCGGAUCGAGAUGACUAUGGAGUUAGGCUUUGAUUUUUCCCUCCAAGCACCUUUUCUUUCCUUGCUGAUCUUCAGCGAAACCCUAGCGCCCUUUCUUUCUUGUGUAAUCUUAUUUGUGGGAUUCGAGACCUAAUGGGUUUGUGGAGGCUGGCCAUCACCUUAAGGACCAAGACCUGAAUGUUGAAGGUGGUACGAUUAGUAUCUCAACUGCAUAUUCUCGCGGGUAAGUGUGUGUCGUCUUCCAGUUCCCAUUGAUUGAUUCGAAUUGAAUCAUAAUAAGCCUGUCUCAGUUUUUGGGUUUGGGAAUCACUUGAUGGGAAAUGCAGGCUACUGAGCAAUCUCACGGAAGCACUACGAAGUUCAGGAGUGGACUUGUCACAGGCCAGCAUCUCUGUACAGAUUGGGGUAAAGACCUGGUAGCUGCUUGGUCAGAGGGACAAGUUCAGCAUAGUUUGGAAUCUGGGCUUGCUGGUUUUCACCACCACUUAACCAUCCUCUAUCCAAAUUGGCAGCAGCCGGAGGAGAAAGUUCUUUGGAAUUGCUUGACGAGACAACGGAUAUAAGCACCGGAGAGGUGAGGCUCCUCUUUACUAUGAUUGUAUUGUCAUUCAUGAAUUUUUGGAUAUAAUGGGGCGUGACUUUUGUUUGAGAGUUUGCCUGUAAAAGUAUUUCCUCUAGAAUUUGUGCAAGCUAAUAAGGUUAUGCACCAAGAAACUUGAUGAUGCACUCCAAAGAGUUAACUACUUGUUGCAGUAAAUGGAUAAAAUAAGCAAGCAUUAUUCAUGGUAAGAGUCUUACUUCUUGGAAGGAAAGGUAGCAGUAUUAUGGUCCUCCAUAAAUCUGCAAACAUGUUUUGUCAUAUAUCAGCUGGUUUGAUGAUAAAUGAACCGAAAGCUGUCCGAUGCAUAUUUGCUCUUUAGGAAAUACUAAUCCAAUAAACACCCUUUGUGAUCUUACUACUUGAACAUCUGCUUUUGUUCCCAGUUCAGCAGAGUUUCAAGGUAGAAAGCCCACCCAUCAAUGAUACAGCCCAGCUUCCCUAUGAUUGGCCCGUCGAUUACAGAAAUGACCAUUUACAUUUGGAGUCAUUAGCAAAUCGGUCACUGAAGUUUGAAUUUGAACAAACUGAUCAAUUGUGUUAUUUGUGCUUUCUUUAACAUAUUUCUGGUAAUUUCCUUAGUAUCCGUCUAUGUUUUUCAUCCACAUUAGCAUUAUGUGAACACCCAUUUUGACGUGAACAUCAGAAUUUGUGUUUAGAACUUGGUUUAUACUAUGAGAUGUGGAUGCAACUUUUGCACUGGACUUGUUUUGUCUGAACUUUUUUGGCUCUUUAGACUUUCAGAUCAGGGCGCUAUAUGUUUGAGGUACUUGAUGACCUUUGUGUUGAAUCUGAAGGGCCUCCAUCUAAAGCCCAAUUUGGAUAUGGUCCAGUACUGUAUUCCUCCUGUUUCAGUUGGUUAUGAUUUCAUUUGAUUGUGAUUUCAUUACAUGGAUUGAUUUCAGGAUGUCAACUCAAGAAAUAAAUACCAUGGACGUUGGUGAUGGUAGGGAUGGUAGUGAUGGUGGUGAUGAUGAUGUAGCAACGAUGUCUACAUCUACAGAUUGUACAAGUGGUUAUAAAAAGCGAAAAAGAACUUCCAAGGUGUGGGCAGAUUUCAAUUUUAUUUCCGCAAAUCACUUUCGUGACAAGGUACCAAGAGCACAAUGCAAGAAUUGUCCAAAGAGUUAUGUGGCUGGUAAAGGUAUUUCUAAUCUCUCUCGCCAUAUCCAUAAGUGUGUUGGAAAAUUGGCAAAAAAAGCAAACGAAGUGCCUAUACCUAGUGUUGGAAAGUCAAAGACAAUAGAUCAAAACGAGUUUAAGGAGCUAAUGGCUAUUGCUAUAAUAAAACAUGGAUAUGAAUUUUCAGUUGUUGAGCAUGGUGGACUUCAGAAUGUGAUGGCUUAUUUAGAUGAUGAUUUCAAGUCAUUUACUCGGAAAACUGCUAAGUCUUAUUGUUUGAAGAUUCAUAAGAGGGAAAAAGAGAAGCUGAAAGCUCUUUUGAGUGGGGUUCCUGGUAGGAUUUCUUUGACUUGUGAUUUGUGGACUUCUUGUGCUACUGAAGGCUAUCUUUGUUUGACGGUACAUUAUGUGGAUUGUCAUUGGAAGUUAAAUACUAAGAUCCUAAGUUUUUGUCAUGUUCCUCCUCCACAUUCUGCUAUUUUUUGUACCAUGCAAUAUAUGAUUUGUUGAGAGAGUGGCAAAUUGAGAAGAAAAUAUUCUCGAUUACAUUGGACAAUGCUAGGUGCAAUGAUGUCAUGCAAGGUCUUUUACUCGACCAAUUGAAAGAAGAUGGGACAUUAGUAUGUGAUGGGGAUUAUUUUCAUAUUCGUUGUGGUGCUCAUGUUUUGAACCUGAUUGCGAACGAAGGAUUAAAAGAGAUUCGUGCAUCUAUAGAUGUUAUUAGGGAGUGGGUGAAGUAUGUCAAGGGGUCUGAAUCUCGAAGGAUAGUUUUUGAAGAUUGUGCAAAGAGAAGCAAUUGUCUGAGUUCUAAAGGAUUAUGGUUAGAUUGUCCAACCAGAUGGAACUCUACAUACAUGAUGCUUGAGAGAGAGGAUCUUUAUCGUCGUGCUUUUCAACAUAUGAGGUUGGUUGACAGAAAUUUUGAUAGAUGCUCGUCAGAUGUAGAAUGGGACAAGAUUGAGAAAAUCAUCAAGAUUUUGAAGCCUUUUAAUGACAUCACGAAGCUUUUUUCUGGGGUCCAUUAUCCUACUUCUAACCUGUAUUUCUGCAAUGUGUGGAGGAUUCAAAUGCGGUUGAUGAAUGCAUGUGCAAGUGUGGAUAGUGAUAUUUGUCGUAUGGCUCUAGCGAUGAAGGGCAAGUUUGAUAAGUAUGGGGAGUCCUACAGUACAAUUUUGUCCAUAGCUGUGGUCUUUGAUCCACGGUAUAUGUUGGAUUAUGUGAAAUUUUGUUAUGAGAAGCUAUAUGGGCAAGCUGUUGCUAAAACAAAAUGUAUUGAGCUUCGAGGAAAGAUAUGUGAUCUAUUGAAGGAGUACAAUGACUCUACCGAUCAAUCAUCAUCACUUGCUGAGUCUAUUGCUGAAGAUAUAGGCUAUGAAGAUGAUAUGGAUGAGUUCAAUUCAUUUGGGGAAAGUCAAUUCUUGAGUGAUAGGACACAAUUAGAUGAAUAUCUGGAUUGUAAAAGGCUCAAUCGCAAACAACCGUUGGAUGUACUUUUAUGGUGGAAGAUGAAUGAAUCUCGAUUCCCAGAGCUUGCUUGUGUGGCUAGAGAUGUUUUGAGCAUUCCUAUCACUACUGUAGCUUCAGAGUCGGCUUUCAGUAUGGGAGGUAGAGUUCUAAGCAACUUGCGAAGCUCUCUUUUGCCUGAAAAUGCCGAAGCUUUGAUUACCACACGCAAUUGGCUAUAUGGAUUUCCAAGUGAUGAUCGUGAUAAUGGGCUCGAGGUGGAAAUUUCAAAGGCGGUCGGAACAUCUUCAAUGACUUCUAGCUCUACUCCUGUGUGAAAAUUUGAUAUAUUGUGUUUCAUGUACUAGACCCCCCUAAACUUGCUUUGUUGUGACAGCAGCAUACAGUGUGUUCUGAUUUCUGAAGCUCUCUCUAAUAUAAUAGCAACUUACAAUGCGCACACUGCAGCAGAAUACUGAAUUUUAUUGAUCACGAAGAGCCAUUUACUGGAUUCGUUUCGUUUUUAUGUUAUUUUGUCAAGACAGGUGCCAAUAUGUGGCGAGCACCUAGCCAUAUCACACAGAUAUGACCUCUCCCAGCAAAAAGGACGAUUAAGAUAUUGUAAAAAAAAGGACGAUUAAGCUAGUAGUAAUCAGCAAUUAUACAUCCCUAGGGAUUGGACUGUAUGAAAGGCCCAAAGCGGUUAUGAUGACAAUAUUGUAAAUAAAAGGACGAUUUAUUG